AUGAGGAUGAUGGGAGACAGUAAAACAAUUAUAAAUGCCAGUGGGAUUGAAGUCAGGGUACAAAGGCCGCCACCUAUACGAGGCAGAAGAACAAAUUCCUUGAAACCAUGGAUGAUUGCCCUUAUUGUUGCAGCUGUUGUGUUGGUUCUAGCAAUAAUCAUCGGUCUCCUUGUUUAUUUUUUGGCAUUUGGUCAGAAAAAGUUGCACUAUUUCCAGACCUCCUUCCAGAUCCCCAGUAUUGAGUAUAAUCCUGAUUUUUCAGUAGAGCACUCAAAAGUUAGGACUGACCUGAAACAAAAAAUCAAUGAUGAGAUAGAUAAGAUAUUUCGAAAUUCCAGUUUAAAUCAUCAUUACAUCGAGUCUCAUGUUGUCAACUUUAGGUCAAGUGAUAAUGGAUUAAAAACAGAUGUAUUGCUUAAAUUUCACUUUAUUUCUAACAAUGCAGAAACAGUAAAAAGUCAAGCUGUUAACAUUUUGCAUCAGAAGUUAAAAUUAAACCAAAGCUUCUUAAAGAUAGAUACUUCAUUGCCUUAUCUUAAAGAUAUAAAUGAAAUUCAAGCAGAGCACAUUCUGAACAGCGGUUGUGGUUUAGGGAGGGAAUCUCCAUCCAUGGAAAAAAUUGCUAAUGGUUAUAUUGCAAAGAAAGCUGAUUGGCCAUGGCAAGCCAGCCUGCAAAUGGAUGGCAUCCACUAUUGUGGGGCCUCUUUGCUCAGUGAGGAGUGGCUGCUGACUGCCGCGCAUUGCUUUGACACUUACAAAAACCCCAAACUCUGGACGGCUAGUUUCGGAACAACUCUGAGCCCUCCGCUAAUGAGAAUAAGGGUGCAGUCAAUCAUCCUUCAUGAAAACUAUGCUGCCCAUAAGCACGAAGAUGACAUCGCGGUGGUGAGGCUCUCCACUCCCGUCCUGUUUUCCGAAGAUGUGCACAGAGUCUGUCUCCCGGAUGCUGCGUUUGAAGUCUUGCCUAAGAGUAAAGCGUUUGUCACUGGAUGGGGAGCACUUAAAGUAAAUGGUCCUUUUCCCAAUACUCUUCGACAAGUUGAAAUAGAGAUCAUAAGUAAUGACAUAUGUAAUAAAGUUAAUGUAUAUGGUGGUGCUGUGUCAUCAGGAAUGAUAUGUGCUGGAUUCUUGACAGGAAAACUCGAUGCCUGUGAGGGUGAUUCUGGGGGACCUCUGGUUAUAGCACCUGAUAGAAACAUCUGGUAUAUUAUCGGAAUAGUAAGCUGGGGAAUAGACUGUGGUAAAGAAAACAAUCCUGGAAUUUAUACAAAAGUGACUCAUUAUCGGGACUGGAUUAAAUCUAAAACUAAUAUCUGA